CAUCCCUUGGGACAGUUGCUUGGUGAAACCUCAGCUGUUUCAGCGAGACCGUGGCAGGGAGGAGUCCUGGGACUAGCUUUCCCCUUAUCUUGCAGAGCCAAGGGGGGAGCUAGCAGAGCGCUCAGCUGUGUGCUUGCAGAUGCUCCUGCACUGCUUGCCCUCUUACAACACUCUUCCCUUGUGCCAGAGGCCAGCAGGGCAGCAAUCUGCAAAGAGCUGAAGAUGAGCUGCUGGAUCCUCUUCCUUUCCCUGCUGGGCUUUCUGCCCCUUGUGAUGCCCACGUGCCCUGCGUCCUGCCAGUGCAGCACCAACAUCGUCAACUGCAUGUCGAAGGAGCUGACCGAAAGCAGCCUCCCUGUGUCCUUCAGCCCCUCAACUCAGAUGAUCUACCUCAACAACAACCAGCUCACCAGCAUCCCCAGUGGGCUCCUGGACAACCUGCAGAGCCUCCAAGUGGCCUAUCUGUGGGGGAAUCCCUGGGAAUGCGACUGCAACAUCCUCUACCUGCGCUCGUGGCUCCAGUGGCAGCAGAAUCGGACCCUGUAUAGGAAUGUGGUGUGUGCCUCCCCAGAACACCUGCGGGGCAGGAUCAUCGCGUACAUGUCGGAGGAUGAGCUCAUCUCCACCUGCCAGUACUGGUACUGCAGCAUCGCGCUCUUCUCCCAGAUCUGCCUCUUCCUCUUCAUCCUCCUCCAGGCUGUCCUGCUCCUCUUCAUUAUCUUGUUCCUGCAUAGAUUCAAGAAGAUCGCCAAUGUAGCCAGGCAGACCACCAAGGAGAUACACCAGCACGUAGAUACAUGGGCUCCCCUUUCAGAGAAUGGCUAUGGCAUUGAUUAACGUCACCAGGGCUUUCACUCCUCAUGCUUCAGGGUGUAAGCUGAUCAGUGGGGCCAGGAAGGACAUCCUUCCUCCUGGGAUUGUAGUGUUGCACGGGCCAUCUGGUGCAUUACGCUGAGAGCCAGCUGUUCUCUGAAGCAUCAGGAACAGGCCACUGUCUAAAGCAAGACAUGGGCUUGGCCUAUUCUUCUGUUGCAGUGCAGCUAAUCUUGGGAUGUUAAAAUUCUGCAGUCUUCCAAAGGGAUCAAAACAGGAUUGGGACAAACUGAUCUUUUAGCAAACCUGUGCAGACUUGGUUGCUUUGCUGAAGUGAAAACUGUUACUGGUCUGGUCUCUUCAGAGACUGUGAUUCUCUGUGCAGAAUCACGUACACCAAGAACCAGAAGGAACUAACUUAAAGCUGGCAAGGGCCAGGGCAGUCUGAGCUAACUCUGCUGCUAUAUGCUUCAUGCUCCUUUGGUCCCAGGGCUCCACUGGCUGAGCCCACACGCUAAAACACUUGGGGCGGAGGUUAGAAAGUCCCUGAUCCUGCUGGUUUGUUACAAUGUGGGACAAAUACGGCAGGCUGGCCCUGUGGUUAAGUAACUGGAGUAGGCCACAGGAGAGAUGGGUUCGAUUUCCCAUCUCUGCCUCUGAUUUCCUGUGUCACAAUCGGCAAGGCAGUCAGUCUCACUGUGCCACAGUAAAAUCAGGCUAAUGCUCCUCCCUGCUGGCCACGCUUUGCCUUGUCUGUUUCGGGUGGGGCUGUUCAAAAGCCCACAGUGUUGCCUCAAUUCUGUUCCCACUAAAUGAAGGCGGGAGCCCAGUUAGGUCAAUGCCGAGUGCUUCUGAAAUCCUCGCUCCUUUAGGGCAGCGAUUGCAUCUUCCUAUGUGUUUGUACGCUGCCCAGCGGAGUGGGGGCCUCUAGGGGCUACUGAGAUGGCAAGAAAUACAUAAUGCAGCUUUAGCUAUUUAUAACAGUCCUUUCAUUUCUGUAACAAAACCAUAUUAAAAUGAUGAUGAUGCAGAUGUUUCUUC